AUGGGUGAGUUGGACGUUGGGGGGAGGGGAGGUCGUCGCGGGGAAAAGUCGCGAAGGACCAAGGAGCUGUAUGAUGCGUUUGCGGAGGGUUCCGAUGAUGAGGAUGAUGAUCAGGAGGGUGGUGCGUCGGCUGGACGUGGUUUGCUCGGCCGUGGACGGACGGAUGAGCCUUACCGCGAUGAUCUGGACGACGAGACCGAUGGUGAUCGCCGCUUUGCACUGCACGACGAGGAGCCGGAAGAGGAAGACGAUGCGGAUACUACGGUUGCUUCGGCUGACGACGGGAAGAAGGGUGCUGCCGUCACGGGUGCCAUCGUCGACAUUGACGAUGAUGAGGAUGAGCGACAGUCUGGCGGGUCGGUCAAACCCGCGUGCACACGUUCCGUCAAGGUGACGACCACAGGGCUGUUCCGGACUGACACAUCUGCCAACCUCCACCUCUACCCCACAGCCAACCCAGAGGUCCCAGCUGCUGGCACAGGUGUCUACGAUACAAGCGCUGACCGCAAAGCUCAGGCUAAGAAUGCUCAGCAGUCCGAUUCGACCGACACUGCCGUAGCCGAAGCCGCAGGAGUCAAGAAAUCCGAGGAGCACAAGCACGGUGGACUUGCCGUUGCACCCACUGGAGCGCCCGUCCCCACCGGAGACGGCAACCCGCGUCAGAUGGUGACGCAGCCUUCCAUCUUCUCGCUGGGCGAAGGCGAAUCCGCCCAACCAGCCAUGCUCGAACGCCGCGAAAGCAUCCUCAUCGAAGAACAGCUUCCCGCCUUCAUGCAGGUCGACGAAAAGGAACACAAACACCGUCAUCACUACCGUGCCGCGCUUCGACGUCGAUUGGAGCUCAAAAACAACGCCAUCGCCUUCGUCUCUGAGUUCGUCGGCACCGUCCUCUUCCUCUUCUUUGCCUUUGUCAUCGCUUCUCAGGCAUCCAACGCCCGAGCUGCAGGUCAGAACAACGGCGGAGCUACGUCGUUGAGUCAGAACGGCACCGUGGAUACAUCGGCAUUGCUUUACUCUUCGCUUGGGUUUGGUUUCAGUUUGGCCGUCAAUGCCUGGACCUUCUACCGAGUUUCCGGCGGUUUGUUCAACCCAGCCGUGACACUGGCGUUGUUCUUGACGGGUACGUUGGGAAAGUUCCAGCUGAUUCACUUGACCAUCGCUCAAUAUCUUGGUGGAAUCGCUGCCGCGGCGAUUGCGGAUGGACUUCUGCCGGGGAGGCUGAACGCCAGGACGACACUUGCCAACGGUACGGGCGUCGCUCAGGGAUUCUUCUGGGAAUUUUUCCUGACUUGUCAGCUCAUCCUUGCGAUCUUCUUGUUGGCUGCCGAGAAGCAUCGCGGUACUUUCCUGGCUCCCGUCGGAAUCGGUCUGGCCCUUUUCCUUGCCGAACUCGCCGGAACCAACUACACCGGAGGCUCUCUAAACCCUGCUCGAACUCUAGGACCAAAUGCGAUCCUCGGAAUCUUCGAAUCUUAUGAUUGGAUCUAUUGGAUCGCACCCUACUGUGCCGCCAUCUUUACCUCCGGCUUCUAUACAUUGCUUAAAUACUUUCAGUAUGAAUCGGCCAACAUUGGACAGGACUCCGACGAUGCCAAGCAAGUCUUCAAAGACGCCUACGGAAACGUCAUCGGUGUUCUCGAAACUAUGAACGCCUCCGAGUUCUCUUUCGUCAAGCAAACCGCCAUGCCAGCAGAGAACGAAGGCACAGUGGUUUCGGGCAGCGGUACCGAGCACGGACUGACAGCUGCAGGUAUGGUGAAGAAGAGCAGAGAGGAUAAGGAGAAGGCUGCAGCCAUCGAUUUGGGCCCGAACAGUGUCAACAACGAUGUGGCGUGA